CAUGCGUCAUCAAGGAGCGCCGGAAGUGGCUAGGGUUUUGGCAGAGACCCCGGAAGCGGCGGCCUCCAGUUUUUGCUGCGGCUUCUGACUCCGGCUUUGGGAUGGGUUGCGACGGAGGAACGAUCCCCAAGAGGCACGAGCUGGUGAAGGGGCCGAAGAAGGUCGAGAAGGUUGACAAAGAUGCUGAACUGGUGGCCCAGUGGAACUACUGUACUCUAAGUCAGGAAAUCCUGAGGCGCCCAAUCGUUGCCUGUGAACUUGGCAGACUGUAUAACAAAGAUGCUGUCAUCGAGUUUCUGUUGGACAAAUCUGCUGAAAAGGCUCUGGGGAAGGCAGCCUCACACAUUCGAAGCAUCAAGAAUGUGACAGAACUCAGGCUUUCUGACAACCCUGCCUGGGAAGGAGAUAAAGGAAACACCAAGGGCGACAAGCAUGAUGAUCUCCAGCGAGCACGGUUCAUCUGCCCUGUGGUGGGCCUGGAGAUGAAUGGCCGGCACAGGUUUUGCUUCCUUCGAUGCUGCGGUUGUGUGUUUUCUGAACGCGCCUUGAAAGAGAUAAAAGCUGAAGUUUGCCACACGUGUGGGGCUGCCUUCCAGGAGGAUGACGUCAUUGUGCUCAAUGGCACCAAGGAGGACGUGGAGUUGCUGAAGAAGAGGAUGGAGGAAAGGCGGCUGCGGGCCAAGCUGGAGAAGAAAACAAAGAAACCGAAGACAGCCGAGUGCGUGUCAAAGGCAGGUGCCACAGAUGGUAAGAUGCCAAGAGAUUGGGGUGCAGGCUGUGUCCCGAGUCACCAGGGCCUUGCUCUGCUUUGGCUCGAGGUGUGUUUUGCUGACUCUGUGUCUUUUACAGACUCUGCAGGGCCAUCAAAAGUGAAGGCUGGCAAGCCGGAAGAAGCAGACCCUGAUCCCAGAGAGAAGAAAAGCACCUUGGUUUCCAAGGGCACAGCAGCUAACGGGAAUGCUUCUGGGAAAGCUGGGAAGCCGCCAUGUGGGGCCCUGAAGAGGUCCAUUGCAGACAGUGAGGAGUCUGAAACCUACAAGUCCAUCUUCACAAGCCACAGCUCUGCCAAGCGCUCCAAGGAGGAGUCUGCCCACUGGGUCACCCACACGUCCUACUGCUUCUGAAGCAGGGCCGCGUACGGCCCCUCCCCG